AUGAAGGAGAUCAAUUCCAACUUCUUUUAUGCCAUAGGUGUUGACGAUGCUAAUAAAUUUAGGAGCGCACUAUGGGUAGAUGCAAGGUGCAGGGCUUCGUAUGAAUAUUACGGAGAUGUGGUGUCGUUUGACACCACUUACAGAAGAAACAGGCAUGAUUUGCCGUUUGCAUCCUUUGUCGGUGUAAACCACCAUGGGAAGUCUAGUCAUCUUGGCUGUACUUUACUUGGGAGCGAGGAGAUCCCUAGUUUUGAGUGGGUGUUCACGCAGUUAGUCAGAUGCGUUGGGACUGCGCCAAGGGGGAUAAUCACUAACCAGUGCAAGGCGAUGGCUGGUGCUAUUAGGAAGCUCGGUGGCUACGCUAGGUACGGAGAAUUGAAUGCAAUGAUGAAUCACAUUAUGUGGAAUUCUCCUUCGACUGAAUUGUUUGAGGUUGAUUGGGAUGGUUUCAUCAAACAAUUUAACUUAGGCCAAAACAGAUGGUUAGCAGAGUUGAGACAGUACCGAGCUGAUAUGUUCUUCCUCGAUGGAGUAAGAAUGUCAUCCGCAAAGUUCUAUAACAUUGCUCAGGAGUUUGUUGCUUUUGAUGAGAAAGCAGCCAUCUUGCAAUCUGCCCUUUGGGAUGCAAAGUCCAAACUGACUGAUUACCAUGCCAGCAUGCGUUCCACUACUGUUGCUGCGACUCAGAAUACCAUGCCCACAUAG